AUGUCACCCAUCCUGCAAGCAGUCUUGGCAGCGCUUGGUAUAUGGGUAGCAUCCAAGUUCUUUCGUCGCUUCAUUGCCUCGUCUCCCCUGGACAAGAUACCCGGACCGCGCAAUGUAUCGUGGUUGACAGGUCAUUUGUACCAGCUCACUGACGUUAAACAUGGCUGGCGCUUUCAUCACGAUGUCAGCACGCAAUAUGAAUCCGUCGUAAAGAUUUGGGGUUUUCUGCGGGAACGGAGACUCUACGUGUUCGACCCAAGGGCGCUGUACCACGUCCUUGUCAAGGACCAAAACGUGUACAUCAAGCCGCACACUAGGACAGGUAAGACGUUGACCGCUCUGGUCUUCGGCCGCGGACUGCUCUCGACAUAUGGAGAUCGUCACAAAAAGCAGCGCAAGAUGAUGAAUCCCGUAUUUUCGAUGGGACACAUGAAGUACAUGGUCUCUCAGUUCUAUCAAGUCUCCCACCAACUCUGCGACGCGCUGACAUCCGAGCUCGCGACCGGCGACCGCGAGAUUGAUAUCCUUACCUGGAUGACCCGAACUGCCUUGGAACUCAUCGGCCAGGCUGGGCUCGGCUACUCCUUUGACCCCUUGACCCACGAGGUUGACAACGAGUUCGCCAACACGUUGAAGUCACUCGUACCCGCUGUAUCGCAGGUCGCCGUCGUUCGCGGUAUUGUUCCGUGGUUCACCAGGCUCGGGAUCCCUUCCGUGCUAGGGCGCCUGCUACCGUUCGUGCCCAGUAGAAGGGUGCAGCGCUUGCGACGCGUGUCCGAGAAGUUGGAUGAAGUGUGCCGGGAGAUCUACGGGUCGAAGAAGGCGGCACUCUUGCGUGGGGACGAGGCCGUCCUUGAGCAGGUCGGGCGCGGGAAGGAUAUCAUGUCGAUACUGCUCAAGGCCAACAUGGAAGUGGCGGACGAGGAGCGUUUGCCCGAAUCAGAGGUAAUCGCGCAGAUGGCGACGCUGGUUUUGGCCGCUACCGACACGACGACGACGGCACUGGCGCGCGCUCUGCACAUGUUAUCCCAGCGUUCAGAUGUGCAGGCAAAGCUACGGGCAGAGAUUGUGGAAGCUCGCGCGGGUCGGGAGGAGGACCUGAGCUAUGAGGAGCUCGACACGCUACCGUACCUGGAUGCAGUAGUCCGAGAGACUCUACGAUUGCAAGUUACUGUUUCCUUGUGCAAUGAUAGAGCCCAGAAGGACAUGGUCCUGCCCCUUCACAAACCGAUUACUGCGACUGACGGCACGCUGCUGCACGAAAUCGCCAUUCCGCGUGGGACGACCAUCGUGGUCAGCCUGCGGAGCCUCAACACCUGCAAGGACUAUUGGGGAGCGGACGCGGAAGAGUGGAAGCCAGAGCGCUUCCUCAAACCGCUACCAGACGAACUCGUCGAGGCCCACGUCCCGGGCAUUUACUCGAAUAUGAUGACGUUCAGCGCCGGGGCGUUUUCAUGUAUCGGCUUCAAGUUCUCCCUGCUUGAGAUGAAGGUCGUACUGUCGAUGCUGAUAGAACGUUACUGGUUUUCGCUGGGGGCGAAGGAAAUCAAGUGGAGCAUGGGCGGUAUCGCUGUACGUGUCAUAAACAUGCUACGUAGAGCCGUUGCGGUGGCUAAUUUUGGGCUUAUCUCAGUACCCGUCCGUCGAGGGCAUGCAGGGAUCUCAUAUGCCGCUCCGCAUGUCGCUGACAAAGGAGUAGGUAUACAUACGCGCCGGCGCACGCAGAUACCAGUCUCGACCUUUCUGUAG